AUGUGCCAGAUAAACAUCAUCCACUUCUCCCACCCCGAAGCUCAAGCGGCCUCCAACCCCUCCAACCUCUCCUCCUCCUCCAUCGUCGCCGCUCUCAACCUUCCCCCUACAAGGCUAACAACAGACGAAUUCCUAUCCAAAACCCAACCCCCACACAAAUUCGCUAUCUGCCCCACACACAUCAACAACAAGAACAGCUGCUGCUGCGUAGCCUACAAACAAACGAUGCCCUGCCUCCUCUGGAAGUUGCACUCCAGCGACGUCGCAGGCAACAUAAAUAGCGGUGUUAACGCGUCUGAAUGUCCCAGCUUUGAGUCCCUGACCCUGACCACGCCGCCGAUCCCAGCCAGGGGCAGCCAAGAGAGUCUCUCCCAAGCCCGAACCUCCCUCCUUUCCACAGCCGACGAGAUCCACAAGCAGAAAUUGACACUGGACAGAACCAUCGUCGAAGUCUCCGAGCUUAUGGAACUUUUGUUUUUAGAACUUGCCGAGGCGUGCGCGACCACGUUCCAACCUCUUCGGCAGCAGCACCAACAGGAGCCGGCAGUGAAGCGGCACGCUUUCUUCGUGCGGGAGUUCGAAAGGCCGCUUAAUCGGUGUGCUGAGUUGUGUAAGAAGAUUAGGGAGGCGGAUGAGAAGAUCGGUGAGCUGUUCAAGACCUUUGUGCAAAAGAGGAAGGGGAUGGGUGAGCUUGUUGUGGCUUUUGAGAGGAAGAAUAAGGAGUGUAGUAGUACGGUUCAGGAGUUGGCUGGUUGUGAUGUUUAUCCUGUUGGAAAGGCGAGACAGGUGCUGAGGGAGCUAUCGACGGCGAAUGUAGCGGAGGUUUGUGAGGGGAGUGUUAGAAGGGGGAGGGAGUUGAGGGAGGAGAUGGUGAGAUUGUUGGAGGGGGUAGAAAGGUUUAUGCAACCUGUUCAGAGGCUUUAG